AGUGUAAAGAGUGUUAAGUAGUCGAGGAUUAAUGUCCCGUUUUUGGUAAUAACUAUGAUCCCGAAGGUCUAUCAAAUACCAACUUGAGACGUUACAGAAAACGAAUACAGAGGUGUAACAAGUCAAUGUUUGUACGAAUACAGCGUUAUUCGUAUGUUUCAAAAUAGCAAGAACAUUUUAGAAGAAUUCCUAUAUGAACUUUCAUUCCUAUGUUCAGAAAUGAAUGUAUGAACUGGGAAUAUAUAAUGGAUGAAAUCUAUAUAGGGUAGAUUAUUGGUUCCCGACAGACAAAUAAAAUGCAAUUCUACGUAUUGCCGAUAUGAAUGACUUUAAAAUGAAAAUUUGAUUUGUAAGUAGAUCUAACGGUUAAAAGUCACAAGAAUGGAAUUCAACGUCAAGUAUGAGGUGGGAAUACACAAGAUGCAAAAAGUCACUUUCCCGCCACUUCGAUCAGGAAUUCACGUGAGUCUAGCCGCAAAAGAACCACCGGAAAGAAGUUGGUCGAGAUAUAAAAAAGUUCUUAUAGAUAACCCUAAGGACUCGAAUCUGCUGCAAAGACAGAAACUAUGGAAUUUUCAAAAACUAAAUCGAGGAGCGUUUCGGUCGCAGCUGACGUCACUUCCGGAUAUUCCGUACCGUGUACAGCCGAAUCCGGUCGAAAAGGUGAGCGUUGCUGUGCAAGCGGAUUUGUCGACGAGAUUUAGCCAAAAUCUUAAAGUUAUAUUUCCUAAUUUAGUGGAUAAAAGACGGCGUGCUUCUUUAAAUAAAAUUGAAAAAAUCGAAAGUGAUGUGUACGAGGUUAUUGACAAACCAACAGAGGAAAACAGGAAUACGCAUGCGUCAAAAGAGUUUGGUGAUUAUUCGGAUGAUUUUGACGAGGACAGUUCAACUGAUGAUCCGGGGUUUGAAUUCGAUUCUGUUAUUAGGAAGAAGAAUGCAGGUACAAUGACAGAAGAUAUAGGAAAUGUCAAACCAUCAAUGAAGCGAGAAAAGAAAUUAAAAACAUUUCGAGAAAGAAAUAUGUAUACAUAUAAACUUCCAAUUCUGAAGCAACCUGAAAGAAAAAUAUCUCGUUUACAAAAUGAACCAAAAAACGUGAAAUUUGAAUCUGAAAUAGUUUCACAGGACACAGAUGAAGAAAAUGAAAACGUAGAGCCCGAGGAGCUACCAAUACCUUCACCUGACGAACCAGAAGAAAUACUAUCAGCAGUAAGCAAGGUUGAAAUAACAGAAAUACCCGAACGCGUGCCGUCUGCUGCAUCAUCAAUAGACAGUAGGGUUCCGAGAAUUCCGCUUGAAAACAUUGGUCCUUCUAGUAAUUCGGCACUAGAUCCCGUCUCUAUUCUUGACUACAUAAGCGGCGGAUUUUCAAACCGUUCUAGGAACAGUGAUAAUGGCGGUAAAAAAUCUAAAAAGUUCGUUUCCGAUCCGGAAGCAGAUCGAAUGUGGUUUGAAAAAAUUGUUGGCGAUAAAGAGAUUAUUGACUCUGGAACAUACGAGAAUUUCGCUCGUUCCCGCCCAAGCGCCGAAGAGCAGACCGACUCAAAUACCGAUAAAUACAAUGACUUAGGAAAAUCUAGUCCAAGGAAAAACUUUACACCAAGAAUUAAUGACGAAUUUGCAGUGUACCAUUCUGUUGUUGCAAAAUCGUCCAAACGACAAGCAAAUAUUGUUAACACGACCGUUGCAAAACCUAAAAAUCCCAAACGAGUAAUUAGUAUAGGAAAGUCUUAUUAGUGCAAUCAUAUAACAUUUAUAACAAAUAUACGAACAACGGUUUCAUUGGACUGAUGGUACAUGUAACAAUGAACAGAAAUUUAAACAAGUUUAGUUUUGGACUUCUUAAGUCACAUCGAACGAUUUACUUCGAGUACCGUAAGGUCAACAAUGGUUUCUAUGAAACUGUCCAGCGAACGAAGAUUGUGUUUAAAAAAACAAAAAAAAAAAACAAAAAAAAACAAUAAAAACAUUGCAACAUAUUUAGUUCUAUCGACACAAGCUUGUAAAAAAUGGUGCCUAAAGCAUUUCAACUUAUUAUAUAGUCAGAUUUUUAACUUCUGGGAAAAUAUAGAUAUGUACUUUUCCUCCAAAUGUGAGUGUAGGUCUUUAAAGCUGUAUGCGUCCAGAUGAGCCAGAUAUUUCAAGAAAAUAAAUUUGAGAAAAAUGUACUAGUAGAUCUACUAAGAUUUAAGAACAGUUAAAAGAUUUAAGUUUCAAGUUAAAAUUAACAUGACUGACUUUGCAGUAUUUAUCACUAUAUUUCUACUGCGUGACUAUCGUAGUAGAUACCUCUUUUGCUGAU